AUGCAUGCUACCAAAAACAUAGACACCAUUCAUGUAAAUAUUCAGGCAAAGUUUGUGGAAAACAAUAAUGAUCAUCGCUUGGUUUCGCUUCGGCUGAACCGUGAAGGGAAGCCUGCUAGACAUAUUGUGGCAAAGAAUAAGGACGGAAAUCCAAGGUUUAUAAUAUACAAGUUACUGGCAGCUUUGGAGGAAAACACAAACCUUUAUAUAUCAGAUCUUCACAUAAAUGCGAAUUUACCAUGGUGGAGAUGGAAAACAAGGGAGAAGGACGAAUACAACACCUGCCAAACUAUAUUGAAGGAAUUGCAUAGUUUUGCAAUGGCCAACAAAAAGAGGUGGAUUGAUACCAGUGAUUCUGGAGAUUACUAUGAUUUGGCAUUUUUAUUUAUUCUCAUCAUACAUUUUAAGAAUGCCCUCCACAAAAAUUUCAACGUUUUAAACUUCACUUGGGGGUGGAGAAAAAGGUGGAGCAACGACCUUUUGAACACUAGCGAGUGUAUUUACGAUUUUCCCGUAAAACUCCACACUAAGGUUUCGUCGGAACCAAUCUUUUGGCAAUAUAUCGCAUCUCAACUCUUUAGAUGUUGCAACUCUAUUCGCAACUUUGUAGAAUAUUUUUCUGGAUAUACAGAUUGUAUAAUGGGUGAAAGGGAAGAUAUUAAAAAAAGGUGCCGAGAUUGUACACAUUUGAACGACUCAAAGACUGGAAUACUUCCAGAUAAUCGCAAAAUUGAUAAAAGUAUGAAACAAGACACAGUAAUGCUCAUUCUUAUCACGGAAUCCUUUCUCCCCAAAUUGCUUGAGCUCGGUUUAUAUAGUACACUUUUAAAGGCUAUACAAUUUUUGCUCGGUAUCAAUAUUUUUGGGUUCUCUAGUAUAGAUCAUAUUUGCACUUUGGGUGGGUACAUGGAGCUAACAACGUUGAGAGGGUCUGAUUCCGCUGUUGUAAAAAUAUCCAAGCUAAUUUCCCAACACGUUGGUACAUUUUUCAAUCCUAAAUCGCUUUACGGUACUGUCAAUACGUCUAUAGCGGAUUUUUCUAUCAUUGAAAACAAAAACUUGUUCACUUAUAUAGACCAUGUGUUUUCAUGGGAAGCACUUGCCGAAUUAAUCCUUCGUAUUUUGGACAUUCUCGGUUCAUCAAGCCUGGACAGAUUAAAGAGUUCAUCAAGAUGGUACAAUUUUGUAAGGGCGCUGCCCAAUGGGGCUAAUUUGCAUGGAUGCAUUUUGCUUUUGCUCUCAAACCUCAUUAUUUACAACCCAGACUCUUUGGUUUAUCACAAACUACUCAUCCAAGAAUUGGCCAAAGAAGAUCUUAUUUUACGUAAAAAAAAUGUAAAGGGACUUUCUGAGAGUCGCUUGACAAUUUUGAAGGAGGUUGUGCGCAUGCAUCAUGACCAGGCAGCAAUUUGGACCGCCUUUUUAUCCUACGAUAGGGAUUUGGAUGCUAUCUCAAAUGCAAUAAAGAUAUUCCCACAUUGUCUUCCUCUAUAUGGUCUUUACAUUUACCGGGGAGUGCUACAAGAAAAAAAUGUUGAUGCGCAAUUUGAUACUUUGCGCACUCAAUUUAAGCUCGACAUUGACAAUGUGAAAUGGGAUUGUUUUUCAAUUAAUAAUACGCACGCAAUAUCCCGCGUUACAGCCGUUUGUAUUGCAUGGGUGUACAAACACAAGGAUCGCUCGAUAAGCAACGCUCCAUUCAUACAUCUUUUAUCGGAAUUUGACCUCAAGUAUAUUGUAAAUAUGUUGGUAAGUAUUCACAAGGGAAAAAGCGUUUUAAAACAUUUGGAGUGCCUCUUGUAUCACUAUCCAAACAGUAACACAACAUGCAUCGCAUAUACAAGGGUAGUACUUGAGAGAUCCACGAGAGAUAGACUCAAGAGAACUCUUGGAACAGACCUGCUACAGGCGCAACGACCGCGUGUUUCACGGCAAUUGGAGCGAUUCAUAUCAAUAUGUACUCGUGAAGGAUAUCACAACGAUGAAAAUAUUUUUGAUGAAUUAAAAAGAAAUAAUUUUGACGAUUUUGAAAUGUGUAGUAUACGCCUGGGGAUAUUAUCUAGACUUGGUUUCGAUUAUAAAGUCCUUAAACCCCUUGUUAGUAGUAGAAUACCCUUUGGAAUAUCGACAAAGGAACUACGCAAAUGCGUAGAAAGUGAAUAA